AUGGGUCGUAUGCACAAUCCUGGAAAGGGAAUAUCACAGUCAGCAUUACCGUACCGCAGGUCGCACGCGACCUGGCUGAAGAUCAGCUCUGAUGACGUCAAGGAGCAAAUUUUCAAGCUGGCCAAAAAAGGCCUGCGACCAUCGCAGAUCGGCGUCAUCCUUCGUGAUUAUCACGGCGUCGCGCAAGUGCGCUGGGUGACCGGCAACAAGAUCCUGCGCAUCAUGAAAGCCAAGGGACUGGCACCUGAAAUUCCUGAGGAUUUGUACCACCUGAUCAAGAAGGCGGUUAACUUCCGCAAGCAUCUGGAGCGCAACCGCAAAGAUAAAGAUGGCAAGUUCCGUUUAAUUCUGGUUGAAGCGCGCAUCCACCGCCUCGCUCGUUACUAUAAGACAAAGAGAACUUUGCCGCCGGCUUGGAAGUACGAAUCGUCCACUGCCUCAGCUCUCGUGUCUUAA